CCGGUAGCGGGCUACGGUACAGGGGUAAAUGUCAAGCAUCGUGUCUGCGGUAGUGGCGUCAUAGCGUUUGUGAAAUUUACCUGGUAGCUACCGCCGACUGGUCGACUGGUUAACCGAUUUCGUAAAAGAAAGUACCUGCAGACGGUAGCACCGGUAACUUCUGCCGCCUGUGCCAUCCAUCGGCAGUGUCAAUCGUCUCCGCUCGCUGCUCGAGGGAACCCGCCUUCGUACGACAUUUGAACCGACAACCAACGCAUCCGAUAUAAAUAGUCUUUUUCGUAGCCUCGUGAACAACAGCGGUGCAACAGUCGAUCAGCCGGCGGACGAUAGCGACACGAACGGUGCGGUAAUCGACGACACCGCCACCGGUACGGUUGUUGGCUCCUCGUUCGUAGCGACUCACGCGGCACCGUCCCCGGUAGCCGGUGGAAGGAAGCAAACGGAACAGCGAUCGGAUACGGCCGAGGAGGACACCACCCGGCAGGAGCGACGCCAGCACGAACCUUCGACACUGUGCCGCAGGACCAAGAUGUCCGGGACAACUGGCAAGCGAAAGGAAAUCUACAAAUAUCUGGCCCCAUGGCCACUGUACUCGAUGAAUUGGUCCGUGCGGCCGGACAAGCGCUUCCGGCUCGCCCUAGGCAGCUUCGUCGAGGAGUACAACAACAAGGUGCAGAUCAUCAGCCUGGAUGAGGAGACGAGCGAGUUCAGCGCGAAAAGCACUUUCGACCACCCUUAUCCAACGACCAAGAUUAUGUGGAUUCCCGAUUCGAAGGGAGUAUUUCCGGACCUUUUGGCAACGAGCGGUGAUUACCUACGCCUGUGGCGCGCUGGUGAACCCGAUACCAGGCUCGAGUGCGUGCUAAAUAACAAUAAAAACAGCGACUUCUGUGCCCCGUUAACGUCGUUUGACUGGAACGAAGUGGAUCUGAACCUGGUCGGCACCUCGUCAAUCGACACAACCUGCACGAUUUGGGGUCUGGAAACGGGCCAGCCACUCGGACGUGUCAAUCUGGUGUCGGGCCACGUCAAAACGCAGCUGAUUGCGCACGACAAAGAAGUGUACGACAUCGCAUUUUCGCGUGCCGGUGGCGGUCGGGACAUGUUCGCCUCGGUCGGUGCUGACGGCAGCGUGCGCAUGUUUGAUCUGCGCCACCUGGAGCACUCGACCAUCAUUUAUGAGGACCCGGCGCACACGCCUCUGUUGCGGCUCGCCUGGAACAAGCAGGAUCCGAACUACCUGGCCACCGUUGCGAUGGACAGCUGCGAGGUGAUCAUACUCGAUGUGCGUGUGCCCUGUACGCCUGUCGCCCGGCUCAGCAAUCAUCGGGCGUGCGUGAACGGGAUCGCCUGGGCGCCGCACAGCUCCUGCCACAUCUGUACGGCCGGUGACGACCACCAGGCGCUCAUCUGGGACAUCCAGCAGAUGCCCCGACCGAUCGAAGACCCGAUCCUCGCCUACACUGCCGCCGAGGGCGAAGUCAACCAGAUACAGUGGGGCGCAACCCAGCCGGACUGGAUCGCCAUCUGCUACAAGACGGCCUGCGAGAUUCUCCGCGUGUAAAGCCUCCAUUCCUCUGCCUACCCCUCAGCGAGAGGGUAAGUAUCUGAUGCCAUCCCAAACUGGCAUCGAUUUGGAUGACGAGGAGACUUUCCUCCCGCACAGACUGGUUUUUCUAGCAGAUUUGCACUAACAGAAGAUUAACUCACAUCUCCUUGCAUCCUUUGUAGAGCGCUUUAUUUUGUUAAUGAGAUUUAUCGAUUGAUAUAUUUUUCCACUUUAGUUAAGCUAAAAAAGUCACUUAACACUUCGUUGACGGGGGCUUGUUCUCCAAACGCUGCGCUGGGCUUUAAACCACCGUUUUCAUUAGGUUUUUUAAAAAAUCUUCUACAAAUUAUGCAAAGGUAUGCAAGUGCAGACAAAGAUUUUCGUCCCCCGUUAACAUAGUGUUAAAGACAAUUGAAAUGAUUGCAAACUUUCGCAGAACUGUGUUUGUAAAUUUGGCAUUAGGCUCUGCAACAUUUAGGUUUAUACAACAGAACUAGCGUCAGGGAACAUUUAACUCAACCAUAAGGAUUGAAAAUUACUAUCUACUUCGUCUUGGCGAUCAAUGACGGUCGAUAGUCAUUACCCAUACCCAUUAACAAGACUAGUGUUUUUCUGAAUUGCAUAAAUUGAACCUAACAUGAGUUAUCGUUUGAGGAAGUCUAACGUUUGAUGGGCCCUUACCAUCGUUAAAAAGUGUUAAAGUAUACACUAUACUGUAGACAAUUUUGAAUUUUUCUGAGCAACAUAUUGUAAAGCAGUGCAAAUGUGCGGACGUAAUAUUUGCUUCUAAUUUGAGUUUAUUUAAAAUAAAACUUUUCUUUCAUAGAAUAAUUUAUACAUUCUACACUCACACACUGAUAAUAAAUUGGGUCCGGAAUAUCUGUAAUUUGCAUAAAACUUUCACUGAGUCACCAUGGAUUUUCCGUGGCUUGUGAGAAGAGUUAAGCCAGACAUGCUGAAGUGAAAUCGAUUCCAACCGCUUGUUUUCCUCUCAAAAGGAUUGCGAUUUCUCGGAAUAUGCACAUGCCCGGUUUUAGUUUAUCUGUAGAUUUUUGAGUUAUUUAUAUCUUAUUUUAAUGUUCUGCGUGAAAUGUAACUGCCCGUCUCCAAUUUGCCCAAGUUAUUUAUACUUUAUUUUAAUUCCUACGUAACAUGUAACUAUAUCUAGUCUACUGCUUUACCAUAGCACAUUUUUCUGCUGUACAGCAUCCAAGCUUUUGCAGUUUGUUGCUGCUUUGUAAACGUUACUGACCCCAUGUGCAGAUAUACCUCGCUCGAUAAGCGGUGUACCACUCACAUUUUAAAAUAAUGAAGCUGUUACGUGUAAAGUUGUAAAAGCGAAGCUUUUGUAGUGAGAUUAAUGCCAUUUUGAUCCUGGUAAACGGUCGUCGUUGG